AUGGCGAGGAGCGCGCGCUCGAUGGCGUUCUUUGUGCUCGUCGCCGUGGCCGUCCGAGCCAUCUCCGCCGUCACCGACGGUAAGAAGAACUCGGAAACUUCAUCCCACGAAUUUCAGUUUCUGACCAUCUUGUCGCGUGCAGGGCUGUUGCCCAACGGGGACUUCGCGCAGGGGCCGGACAGGUCGGAGAUGAACGGCACGGUGGUGACCGCGCGCCACGCCAUACCGCGCUGGGAGAUCUCCGGGUUCGUGGAGUACAUCGCGCCCGGGCACAGGGAGGAGGACAUGAUCCUGCCGUUGCCGCCCGGCGCGUCGGCCGUGCGGCUGGGCAACGACGCCACCAUCCGGCAGCAGCUCAACGUCAGCCGCCACAUGUUCUAUUCCGUCUCCUUCAUGGCCGCGCGGUCGUGCGCCCAGGCCGAGAAGCUCAACGUGUCGGUCGACCCCGAGUUCGGCCUGCUCCCGAUCCAGACCGUGUACACCAGCACCGGCUGGGACACCUACUCCUGGGCCUUCAAGGCCAGGCACGGCACCGGGUGGCUGACCAUCCACAACACCGGCGUCGAGGAGGACCCGGCGUGCGGCCCCCUCCUGAUCGCCGUCGCCAUCAAGACCCUCUACGCCCCCCACCACACCAAGGGUAACAUGCUGAGGAACGGGGACUUCGAGCAGGGGCCGUACAUCUUCCCCGGCACCCGGUGGGGCGUGCUGGUGCCGCCGAUCACGGAGGACGUGCACUCGCCGCUGUCGGGCUGGACUGUCAUGUCGGACACCAAGGUGGUCAAGUACGUGGACGCGCCGCACCACGCGGUGCCGCGGGGCGCGCGCGCCGUGGAGCUGGUGGCCGGCCGGGAGAGCGCGCUGGUGCAGGAGGUGCGCACCGUGCCGGGGCGGACGUACAGGCUCUCCUUCGCCGUGGGGGACGCCGCCAACGGCUGCAGCGGGUCCCUGGUGGUGGAGGCGUACGCGGGGCGGGGGACCCUGAGGGUGCCCUAUGAGUCCCUCGGCACGGGCGGCUCCACGCCCGCGGCGCUCGAGUUCACGGCCGUCGCCAACGAGACGCGCGUGGUGUUCCAGAGCUCCAGCCACCUCAUGAAGUCCGACGCCACGCUGUGCGGGCCCGUCGUCGACGACGUCUCCCUCGUCCCGGUGCGCGUGCACGCUGCCCGCCGGCUGCGUUUGUAG